GCAUACGAUGCACAGAAAGGGGAUGUAGCUCAGAUGGUAGAGCGCUCGCUUAGCAUGCGAGAGGUACGGGGAUCGAUACCCCGCAUCUCCAUUUAUUUUCCUUUUUUGUUAAUUUUUUUUUAUUUGUUCAAAGGUCGGGGUGCCUAGGAUGUCGUGCCGGUAUCGGUCGUCAUCUUUCUCAUUGAUCUUCAUCGCCACGUCAUGAUUGAUCGUUGACGAACUAUAAAAAGGACUCGCUCUCAUUCUUUAGAGGAAUUAUCCCCAUCCAAUAUCUCAAGCUCAACCUCCAUAGCUCUCGAUCGCUUGUUUUGCAACAGAAUUUCCCCUCAUCACUGUUUUGCGUCCGCCAUGAAAGUUCCAUCCAACAAAGCUCGAGAUGAUGCUUAUACAGAGGCAAAGAGUUCCUAUUUUGAUUUACCGGGUUUGGAUGUUUCCCUGGCAUUUCCCCAAGCAACUCCCGCCUCAACCUUUCCUCCUUGCACAUCGGACUAUUAUCAGUUUGAUGAUUUAUUAGACCCUGAAGCUAAGUUGACUAGACAGAAAGUGAGAGAGUGUAUGGAAAAAGAAGUUGCUCCAGUAAUGACUAAGUAUUGGGAGAAAGCUGAGUUUCCUUUUGAAGUCAUCCCCAAGCUUGGCGCCCUGAGGAUUGCGGGAGGCACAAUCAAGGGUUAUGGCUGUCCUGGUCUUUCCAUUACUGCAAGUGCCAUUGCUACUGCAGAGGUUGCCAGGGUCGAUGCAAGCUGCUCUACUUUCAUAUUGGUGCAUUCUUCUUUGGGAAUGCUCACGAUUGGUGAAUCCUUUUAUAUGGCUAUUUAUUCUAUUUUUUUAGUUCCAAAGAGAAAUGAUUGUGUACUGGAAGGAUACUUCACGUACGCUUCUCCUUUCUCAAUGAUGAUUUAUGCUUUUGAUUUUUGGUCUUUCUUAAUAGCAAUAUGUGGAUCUGAGGCGCAAAAGCAAAAAUAUUUACCUUCAUUAGCCAAACUCGACACUGUAGCUUGCUGGGCUCUCACCGAACCUGACUAUGGAAGUGACGCAAGUGCUUUGAGAACAACUGCGAGAAAGGUUGAAGGUGGUUGGAUCCUUGAAGGGCAAAAGCGAUGGAUAGGAAACAGUACCUUUGCAGACAUAUUGGUUAUCUUUGCUAGGAAUAUAUCCACGAACCAGAUUAAUGGAUUUUUAGUAAAGAAGGAUGCUCCAGGAUUACAAGCCACUAAGAUAGAAAACAAGAUUGGGCUCCGCAUGGUUCAAAAUGGAGAUAUCUUGUUGAACAAAGUUUUUGUCCCCGACGAAGAUAGAUUAGCUGGUGUAAAUUCUUUUCAGGAUACUAACAAGGUGCUUGCCGUGUCACGUGUUAUGGUCGCAUGGCAACCUAUUGGCAUUGUGAUGGGCGUUUAUGACAUGUGCCACAGAUAUUUGAAAGAGAGGAAGCAAUUUGGAGCACCAUUAGCAGCUUUCCAAAUCAAUCAACAGAAACUAGUUCAGAUGUUGGGUAAUAUACAAGCUAUGCUCUUGGUUGGGUGGCGUCUAUGCAAGUUGUAUGAGAGUGGUAAAAUGACUCCUGGUCAUGCUAGCCUUGGAAAGUCAUGGAUUACCUUAAGAGCAAGGGAGACAGUAUCUAUUGGUCGGGAGUUACUCGGUGGUAAUGGGAUAUUAGCAGACUUUUUGGUUGCCAAGGCAUUUUGUGAUUUGGAGCCGAUAUAUACGUACGAGGGAACGUAUGACAUAAAUACACUAGUAACAGGGAGGGAGGUAACUGGCAUCGCUAGUUUUAAGCCGGCCCCUAUUAGGCAGCAGAGCCGCCUGUGAACCACACUGUAUCUGGUGUUAUAUACAAGAAGAACAAAAAAGAGCUUGUAACGCGCAAUCAAGAUUUGUUGGUGAAGUAACCCUAAAAUGUCAUAAAUGUCCCGUACUGCUUGGACCGUUGAUUUAUAAUAAUUGGUGCAGUCCUAAGUGCAAUCUAUGGGACUAAGUUCUUUUUUUUUUCAAUGGGACGUUGGGUGGAUGAAUGUUCAGUUACAAAAAGUUUUGCAUGUUCUACAACUCUCUUUUCUCAUUAGCAUUAUCUGUAGAAUUCAUCAACUUUGUUACUACCUACCUGGAAAGGGCCUUAUAAAAUAUAAAUGUGUAGGGAAAAAUAGUACAACAUGAGAGAUCCAAAUCGCUGUAUUUGAGGUGCAUUUGAAUCGACAUUCGACAUUCGAUCUCAAUACAACAGCAGGUGAAGAAAUUAUCCUUAGCAAUUUGUACAGGAAAGGAAGAGCAGACGCAAUUUUGAAGAAAAAGGAUGGAAAGGAAAUCCAAAUGCGAUCACACCCCAAUUCUAUCCCCUUCUCAUAGGAAUGGACCUGCUCUGUUCCAACCCAACCCCGUCACCAUCUCCAUCCAAUUCAAAGUAUAAAGCUCGAAAACUAACUAUAUAAAGCUCGAAAGCUAACUAAAUUCUCUCUCCACUUGAUGAUCAAAACGUGGUAAUCAAACUAAAGUCAGAUAAAUCUAUCAAAGCUACCUCUUCUAAGCAUUCAUUACUUUCCACUAAAUCAAUUUAAAGGCGUGCCAUCAUGACUCACCUACCAGCCGUUGCUCGGAUCAUCAUAAGAUCCACAGCCCUCCCGCCGACGAGCUGCCUCCCGCUGAUUACCCAGCAUCCGAAUUUUUAACUGGAGCUGAGCCGCGGCUGCAAACAGUUUCACAUUCUGAAUAGGCGACAGUAUUCCAACCAUCCUCUCCGCCGUCCUUAUCCUCAACCCAUCCGCAUCACUCAGGGUAUUCACCAUUGCCAACCUCAAGCUCUCAAUCUGAUCACCCACCUCAUCUAUUGCGCCAUCAAUGGGCCAAUACCCGGUCUGUCUCUUAGCCAGCUCCACCAUUGGCGGCCCACCAACGCUCUCCUGGAUCCUCGCCAUGUCUUCAUUUAGGAGUUUUUCUUGCCUGUUGGUUUCCCUGCUCAGGGUUUCGAUGCUCCUGAUUUGGUCAUCGGUUAAAUCGUCCACCGACCUCAUCGCCAGGCUGGAUACUACGCCGGGUUUGAACCCGGCAAUCCAGAGCAAAGUUCUUUCCAAUGGAGAAAACCAAGGUGCUGAAAAUGCUAAGAAAACGUUAGCAUUGGCCAUCCUGGAUUUUUCAGAAUAGUAUUCUUGAUAGUGCUCAAGAACUCGAGCUAUUAAAUCCCUGGCCGUAUUCUCGUCAGCCUGGGUAGAUCCUUGAACUGCCAUAAGCUCAUUCAUCAGCUCUUC